UAGCUAGCUGCUAAGCUUAGCAAAUGAAUGAAUGACGAUGAUAUUUCUCCAGCCAGAAAAGUAACAGUAGUAACACCCCGUGGGUUUGAAGAAUGUCGGACUUUGGUAGCGUAACGGAAAUGAUCAUCCGAUUCCUGGAUUUAUUUGGAUUCCGAUUGUGAGGGGAGGGUGGUCUGAGUAACGACCAACUGUUCUCUCUUCCACUUGUUCAACUUCAACUUCAACUCAUUUUUUAUUAAACUCCGCUCCAGCCGCGGCUCUGCCCACUGUCUGACACUCCUUUCUCUGUGCACGGAGGGAUCACGGCCCAGGACAUUGCUGCUUAUCCGGCCGUUGUCGACGCGAAGCUCUGCAGCUAGCUCGAGCUCGAUGCUGCAGAUGCAAGUCCCUAUUUUCAUUUUGCAUUAGCCUAGUUCUCAUUUGCAUUGGAUCAUCGCAUGUUUGAAAGGAGAUGUCGUGUGAAGAAAAGAUUGAUCCUCCACCCCCAAUGGCAAUGCCAAAAGGAUGCAAGCUGCUAAGUCAUCAAGUGGCAGGACAUGUCUACGGAAAAAAUAAGACACGAGCAGGUCUGUUGCAAGACAACAGUGGGUCCAUCCUGAAGGUUCUUCAGACCAACAACCGGGGAGACAGAGAGAAGAGAUUUUACAAGAAGGUCUUUGACGAAGAGGAGGAUGACCCUGUCCUGCGUGGUGCCCGUGGUCUGGUGUGCCCUUUCAGAGGAACAGUCGUUUCCAAGGAAGAUCCAUCAGUGGAAUUCAUCAAGCUACGAGACAUGACGAUCGGCUACCAACACCCGUGCAUCAUGGAUAUCAAGAUCGGACGCAUCGGCUACGCGGAGGAAGGGGGCAACACCAAGAAGGCAGAGAGCGCCAAGAUUAAAUACCCCGACAUGGAGAAGUUAGGUUUUCAGAUCUUAGGCAUGAGAGUGUAUCACCCACGAAGCCAGAAAUACACGGUAUACGACAAAACAUGGGGAAAGACACUCAAUAUCAGCAAUAUGAUAGAAGGUUUAGCCACAUUCUUCAACGUGGAUGACACCAUCCGAACAGACGUGAUGUACUCGUUCCUAGUCCGUCUGCAGCAGAUCCUGGACUGGUUCCAGGUCCAGGACAGGUACCACUUCUACUCCAGCUCCCUGCUCUUCGUCUAUGAGGGCGCGGUCUCUCCCGGCGACGACGACGCCCUCAAGAAACCCUCCAACCUCGCCCCGCAUUCCAAUGGAGCGGCGACGCCCAUCAACGGCCUCAACGGCCACACCGAUCAGAUCUUCUCGGUGAAAAUGGACACGUAUCCUCUGAAGAGGAAAAAAUCAUCAGACCGUGAUGAUAACGAGGUUGAUGAUUGCUCUUGUGGACUCAACAGAGGCAGCAAGAACCAGAGAGAGAAUAGAGUUAGAACAGAAGGGGAAGAGAGGGACUCUAGGACGAAUGUUCCAUUGAGUAACUUGAUAGGUAGCGAUAGAAUUGGAACUGAGGUGACUCGCAGUGCAGUCACAGGAAGACAUGAACAUGAAGGGGACGUGAAUUGUGUCAAAGAAAUACAGAGAACUUCACAUGCUCCUGUAGAAGGAGGAACAAUCGUAAGGGAUGAUCGUUCUGGUAACAAUCAUAACCACUGCCACUUUCCAACUCCCAACCAUUCCACGCAUGGACCUGACAUCUCAGCCUGCACAAAACACAGCAACGCGCGGGAAAGCUCUCGCAAGGACUCCAAACUUCCCCACGAAGGGGCCACGAACCUCUCGCCGCACCACGUUGAGAUCCGAAUGAUCGACUUUGCGCAUGCGAUUGAAACGACGACGCGAGACGAGAACUACAUCUUCGGUUUGAAGAUGCUUCAUCAAUACAUUGAAACGCUUCAUAACUGUCACAUUUGGUGAAGCUGAAGGUCUCAGUUUCAUACAUGUGUUUGUUGAUGCUGAAAAUUUAUAUUUUUACAUUUUAAAAUAUAUGGCUUAUACAUGUAUUUAUGUGAACUAUAAUUUGUAUCGUAUUCCAUCGUGAGUGAUGGUACUUUUAAGGAAAAGGAAAAAUAUAUUUUCCUUUAACACUAUCCCAUAUUGGGAAGGGCUAUGAAAUGAAUAAAUAAAAAAUAUGCCAUUCUUGUGUAGAGCAUUUCACAUUGUGGCGUACACAAAUGCAACAUCUUUAAGCGCUUCCAAACGGACCGUUGACAUUAUUUCUCCCGCUUUUGCCUUUGCAUGUACUGUACAUGUAUGACAUAUUCAUCAUUGUAGGGAACAAAUUACCUAAACAUUAGUUUGUAUACAGUACAUCUAAUAUUUAUGAAAUUGACCCAUUUUUGUUCUCACUCAUAUUUCUCACUCGUUUUCUCCCUCUCAAAAUUGUUCCUAACCCUGCACCAAAAUCCACCCUUCCCCUCCCCUUACCAUGGCAGGGACAAGGGGGACCUCUCGGAUGUUAUAACAAAAUUGCUCCUAAAAAGUAUGGGGCACUUUUAGAAGAGAAAAAAAAGCAAGUGAAAUCAAUAAUUUAAAGGGUCCUGUAAUGGUACUCAGUAUUAGAUAUGUAAGUGAUUAACACAAGAAAACUUUACAAGGCUCUGUUCUCCCCCAGUUUACACUCUAAUCUUGAAAUCAAUGAAUUUGUGAUAUGAACAUUAUCCUCGUUGAAGGAAAACUUAGACAACAUCUUUAACAAGAACAACUCAGCAAUUGUUUAUCUUUGUGAGGAGACACAUACAUGUUCAUGUAUUAAAUACUAGGCAAAUUGCCUGUGGCCCCCUUCUAUUUUUCUAACUGGUUAAUAUGGUGGAGAAAGAAAAGAGAUAAACACCGGAGCAGACAGUGAAGAUCAAUUUAGCUCUGGAAAAAUUUAGAAAGCUGUGUGCAUUUCAAGGGCCCUUAAAAGAGAAAACAUAAUCAAGUUGUAGUAAUGUCUGUAAAGUGCUUAGAGACAGUAUUUCGUAUUGAGCACUACGCAAAUCCAGAUUCUUCUUCUUAUUAUUAUUUAGUUGUUGCAAGGAGGUCUCACUUUGUGAAAGAAAACCAAAACAAGAGCUAAGUACCAUUAAAGUAUCAAUUUAAGCUCCUCUGGUAUGACUACUGAAAUAAAUUGAAUUGAAACGGAUUAUAAUAAUAAUAAUACAUGUACAGUAUUAGAAGGAUUAGAAAUAUAAAAUAUAUGCAGUCAUGACAAUCGUUUUAGGUACACACACAAUAAUAGUAAAAAUAUUCUAAUGACAUAUCAAUGUUCCGGUUGUGGUAGAUUAAAAAAAAUCAUGCAUAGAAAUGCAUGUUGUAUCAAAAUUGUUGUAGAUUUUGUGAAGGAGGCAUUCCCCCCACACAUUCCCUGCAACUUUUUUGUGAGGCUUAAGAUGGUGUAUCUAUUAUAUUUUUUUUAUUUAAAAAAAAGAAAUUGUAUCUAUUAAUAUUUGCCUACUAUAUUUGAUUACAAGAACAAACAAAACAUAUAAAGCCGAUAUUUCUGAACUAAACAUGUAGAUGUAGGUACACAAAGCUAGUAUUCUUAUUCUAGAAGUGCUCAAAUUGUCAAUUGUCAAUUUCCUUUCAGUCCAAUUAUAUUUGAUAUGACCAAAUAUAUUUGGGAUCAAGAAUUUUAUUGUAAAAAUGUAUGAAUCCUAUACAUUUUAAAAUCUGGAUGCUAUGGUGUAGCAUUCUUUCAAUUGAUAUUAUACUAUAUUAAUGAUAAUAUGCAUUUUGUUAAAUGUGUGUGUCAUCAUGCAUGUAUACGCUGUAUAUGUGUCGGCUGUGGAAGAGACAAUUUUCGGCAUAUUUCCCUUUUCUGGUAUAACAAGAUCUUCAACAAAAAAAAUUGGUUUUGAUAUCAGCAGAUAGCUCAUCGGCUUUUGGCAGUAAAAAGACAGUUGAAUAUAAACAUUACCUCUGAUAAUUUAUGUUCAUGUAUAUAUUUUUCAUUUAAAGCCUGUCUGCACUACUAGUAGCUACUUGCUAGUA